UCUCUGACGCCCCUCUGAACCCAGCCCUUUCUCUCCCAGCCCAUGAGAAUUUGAGCUGGAGAGCCAGAAUGCCCUGGUAAGUGGAAAUCCUGCCACUUCAAGACAUGGAGUCAUCUUUUCCAUUUGGAGUGACUCUUGCUGUCCUGGCCUCCCUCAUUAUUGCUGCCAAUGCACUAGUGGCUGUGGCUGUGCUGUUGCUGAUCCACAAGAAUGAUGGUGUUGGUCUCUGCUUCACCUUGAAUCUGGCUGUAGCCGACACCUUGCUUGGUGUGGCCAUCUCUGGCCUAGUCACAGACCAGCUCUCCAGCCCACCUCGGCCCACACAGAAGACCCUAUGCAGCCUUCGGAUGGCAUUUGUUACUUCUUCCGCAGCUGCCUCUGUCCUCACAGUCAUGCUGAUUGCCUUUGACAGGUACCUUGCCAUCAAGCAGCCCCUCCGCUACUUCCAGAUAAUGAACGGGCUCAUGGCUGGGUCCUGCAUUGCCGGGCUGUGGUUGGUGUCUUACCUUAUUGGCUUCCUCCCACUUGGAGUCCCCAUAUUUCAGCAGACUACCUACCAGGGUCCCUGCAGCUUCUUCGCUGUGUUUCACCCACGCUUUGUGCUGACCCUCUCCUGCGUUGGCUUCUUCCCAGCCCUGCUCCUCUUUGUCUUCUUCUACUGUGAUAUGCUCAAGAUUGCCUCCAUGCACAGCCAGCAGAUCCGAAAGAUGGAACAAGCAGGAGCCAUGGCCGGAGCAUACCGGCCUCCUCGGACUCCCAGCGACUUCAAGGCUGUCCGCACUGUGGCUGUUCUCAUUGGAAGCUUCACUCUGUCCUGGACCCCAUUCCUUAUCACUGGCAUUGUGCAGGUGGCCUGCCAGAAGUGCUACCUCUACCUGGUGCUGGAACGGUACCUGUGGCUGCUCGGUGUGGGCAACUCCCUGCUCAACCCACUCAUCUAUGCCUACUGGCAGAAGGAGGUGCGGCAGCAGCUCUACCAGAUGGCCCUGGGAGUGAAGAAAGGGCUCACCUCAUUCCUUCUUCUUCUCUCAGCCAGGGAUGGUGGCCCAGAGGGGCCCAGGGAAAGUUCCCGUCCUAUCACCACUAUCUCCCACUCACAGCUUCAUGGCGAAGAUGGUAAGGGCAGAGAAGUUUCAAAGUGACUUCUCCCUCUCCUCUCUGGGCCCCAACUAGGAAAUCAAAGCUAGGGGAGUGAAAGUGCUUGCUUCAGACAGUUGACUGCCCCACCCCAGACUGAGAGGAACUGAGGUAGGGUGCUGACUUUCUUCUAUAACCAAUUUCCUCAUUUGCAAAUCUCCAUUCCGCCCUAUGCUUCUUUUGCAAUUAAUCUGUCUCUCCUGUACAGGUAGGUAGAAAGAAAUGUACUACUGAAAUAAUGCUAAAAAAUCAAAUCCUAUUCUUAAAUACACUACAGCAGCAGUAUCCAACAUAAAUAUAAUGCAGGUCACAUAUAAUUUUAAAUGUUCCAGUAACCACAUUUAAAAGGUUUAAAAAAGGCAAUGUUAAUGUUUCAUUUAACCCAGUAUAUCUAAAACAUACUUUCAAUAUGUAAUCAAUAUAAAAAUUACUGCACUGUUUUUUUCAUGCUAAAUCUUUGCAUCUGGUGUGUGUUUUACCUUUCAGAACCUCUAAAUCCAAACUAGCCAUAUUUCAAAUGCUCAACAGUCACA